UAAACAGAGGAGACAUCUAAAUAAUUGUGGGGAAAAAAGGCAAAAUGUUUUUUUUCAGUAAUUGAUAGAAACUUGAAUGUAGUUAGCUUUAUGCUGGUGAAUGCAUAUUCAUGACUAGACUUCAAAAUGGAAUUGGGUAAGUAUAUGAAGGGAGUAGAGAAGGGAAUAACUGGGUUUUCCUUUCUGGACUGAAAGGAUGGUAUUGUGUAGGAGACAACCAAUAAUUCCAUGACCAUUUAGAUGGCAUCAUAGAUUAUCUUUCCCCUUCUUUAGUCCAAACUAAUCAAUUUUGAAGUUAUUUAUGUUGCCGUUUGCUGAUCUAUACCAAGAUCAGUUAAGUCAGUAAAAGUGGAAAAUAAAAACCGAAAGAACUGCGGAUUGCUGUAAAUCGGGAACAAAAACAAAUUUGCUGGAAAAGCUCAGCAGGUCUGGCAGCAUCUGUGAAGCUGAGGAACCGUGCAGUGCGAGGUGGAGAAGCAGUCUUGUCUUACAAAGUUAUCUUCGAUCGAAUGUGACAGGAGGGUCGGGAGCCAAUGAGAAUGGGGGAUUGUCCACAGAUGAAUCUGCGUUCUAUAUUCACAGAGGAACAGCAACGAGUGUUACAGCGUUAUUAUGACAGUGGAAUGACAAAUCAAAGUAAAAAUUGCUUUGGAUUAAUAAUACAGUGUGCACGUGAAACGGGGUUAGAUUUUAAUGUAGUCAGGACUUGGAUUGGCAAUAAAAGAAGGAAACUGAAUUCUACAAAAUACAGUUUGGAAGAUCCACCCUCUACGCAAGGACCAGCAAGUAACAGUACGAUGGGAAAAUCUGAGACACCAGUGAAAAAUACUAGCCUUGUCUCUCCAUCCCAGAGCCAACAAACAGUUUUAACAUCACCAUGUAGGAAUGUAAUGGUAACUGGUGUAUUUACCUCUACGCAUUCUGCUAGUGGACAAGUGUUGUCUCACCAAAAGGAUGGCCACAGAUGUGACAUUCCUAAGGGUCUUGUGCAUAGACCAAUAGGGAGAACUAUAACUGAAAUGGAAUUGCAACAGCAUGCCACAAGUCAAAGGCAGUCAGUUUCCAAGAACUCUGCAAUUUCAAUUUGUGAGAAAAUUACUCCUGGAUCUAGAUCAUUAAAUGUUCACAGCCCCACCAGCACUGUGUAUUCUUGCAGUACAAAAAACUACAGUCCUGCUUAUGUUCAAACUGAAAUAAAUAGAGUACAAUCAACAGCAACUAAAUCAGUUGGUGGGUGGCCGAAACAACAGUUUAAUUCAACCAUUGCAGAGCUAUCUCAGUGCCCACGGAAACUCACUUGUGAACCCUCUUUCUCAAGAAGUACAUCCAGCUGUUCGUCUGAUUCCAAGGUUAACCGAAACACAGGAGACUCUGCUGUAAGCUCUCUCCAGAUCCGUGAUGUAUACUCACUGGCAGGCAGUGAACAGUGCUCAAAGAACAGGGGGGACCAUGCAUUUAGGAACUUGCGUCAGAUGGAAAGUGGAUGCUUUUCCAUUGCCAUGGAAACUGGAGAUGUUGAUGAGUAUGCAAGGGAGGAGGAGCUUGCAUCAAUGAGUUCAGAGCUGAAGAAUCAUCCAAGAGUUUCUGAAGCGAAUACCUCGAAAGAAAUGGAGUGCUCAAAUACAUCUCUCGCAAUACAAGCAAGGAACAUUGGCACUGGUUCGUCACAGGUCAGUGCGCGUGAUAUAUCUGGAAGCGCGUUUUAUCGUAGUGGAGAGUUCCGAGCACCUGGGACAACAAUGACCUUGUACAGUAAUGCUGCCUCAUCAGAGGAUUCAUUUAACCUCCGCCUUCCAUCAUCUAGCAACCAAAGGCUAACUCCCACCCAGAGCAACUAUCAGGUGUCUGGCUCCGUUCUGUUGCCUUGUAUAACUGGAACCUCAAGGAAAAGAACACUCCAGGAUCGUACCCAGUUUAGUGAAAGUGAUCUGGCCAUUCUGAAAAAAUAUUGGGAUGUGGGUAUGACCAGCCUGGGUUCAAUAUGCAGAGAAAAAAUAGAAGCGGUUGCCAUGGAAUCAAAUGUCGACUGUGAGAUUGUCAAGACAUGGAUAGGAAAUCGGAGAAGGAAAUACCGCCAGUUGGGAAUUGAGCUACCUCCUGCUCGUGGUGGACCAGCAGAUUUUUCCAAGUUGCCUGAAUCGAGUUCACCCUCACUGCCUGCAGUCAAAGCUGAAACCUCAAAGCUUCCUGAAAAUUCAGAGGACAAUGAGAAGAACAAAGAAGAUGUUAGUUUCUCUGAAGGUGCUCCAAGUGAAUUGGAGCAACGGGAGGAGGAGGAAGAUGAAGAAGCGGAAGAGGAGGAAGAUGCAGCAGAAGAGAAUGGGGAUGGAGAAAGUGUUAGUGAUGGAUCAUGCAGUAUUCCAACAUUAGAAAAAGUGAAAUUAGAAGUACUUGAUGACGAUGCAGUUGAAAUGAGCAGUUGUGACCGUGUAACACCUGAUGGUGAGCAGCUCCAGAAACAACUAACUCUUAGGAAUGAUAAAAUUAGGUACCUUGAGAAUGAACUGGAGAAACAAAAACAGAAAUACCUCCAUCUUCAGAAUUUUACUACAAGUUUAGUUCUUGCAGUCAAAACAAAUGACACAGAACAGCAGCAGAUGUUGCUGACAAACUUGCCUCCUGACACUGAAUGCAACUUGGAUUCACCUGGCAACCGGGAACAAAGCUAAUUAGAUUUCCUCUGUAUCAGAGGAUCUUGCUGAGUGUGAAACAUCCUUUUGGAAGUGGUAAAGACUUCUUUAAAUUGUUUGUAUCAAUGUUAAAUCUUUUACAUGUUUUAAAAACAAGACUGCUUGUGCUACAGCUUGAUCACGAGAUGAAACAACUGCAGAAUAAAAUGGAUUUUGUUA